UCACAGAGUGCUAUAGUGGCUCUUGAUUCGAUCCCUUAAUCUGAGUAUAGCUGAAGUUUGAGAACAAUUAAAUACGAAAUGGAUCUCUUCAGAGUGGAGAGAUUUAUGGGAGAUGACGGAAAUGAACCAGAUCAAAGGGACGAAUCAAGAAGACUUGCCCAGCUGCAACGUGAUAUCGCCGAAAGGAAGAGAAAAAGACAAAUGUUAGAGCAGGAUGGAGAGAGCUAUGAAAGAUCAAGCAAAAUUAAAUUUCCGGACUCUAAUCAAAUGAAAUCUGAUGUCCAAGAAGAGGUGAAAUCAGGGAAGAAAGCCAAGAAAAAGAAACAAAAAACUGCGGAAGAUAAUUUGGAGAAGAUAAAAGACAAAUCGAUGUCUAAGAAUGGCUCAAAAGAGGAGAACGAUGAGGUUAAAAAUGAUAUUCCCAUCGAUGAUUCACAGGAGGAAAGACUUGUUGAAGAGAAUUCUGAUAAGAUAAAGUACAAAAAGAUAUCAAAGAAAGGCUUAAAAAAAGAGAGGAAAGAUGAAAUUCAGAAUGAUAAUCCCAACGAUGAUUCACAGAAGGACAGACUCUCUAAAAAUGCCAAAACGAAGGCAGAAAAAAAGGACAACAAAAAGACUCUUUUGAACAAUGAAAGUAAGGAAAGAGACUUUGAACAAGAGGAUAUUUCUCAAGAAAAUGAGGACAAUGUAAGAGAAAUGUCAGGAGAAACACCACAAGAAAAAAGUGAAGAAACAGGGUUUACUGUGAUUGGAGGCCAGAGGAAAAACAAAGAGCUUAAAAAAGUACAGAGAGUGUUACCUGAUUGGCUUGCAAAACCUACGAUUAUUAACUCUGACUUGAGUGGUAAUAUGACUCCAGUUGACAAGAUCCCUUACUUAGAAUCUCAUAUAGUCACAAAACUACAACACCAUGAUAUAAAUCACUUAUUCCCUGUGCAGAGCAUUGUCAUCCCAGCAGUACUAUCUCAAACAGAUACAAACAGUUCAUUGGGCAGAGGGGGCUAUGCACCAGGUGAUAUCUGUGUCUCAGCCCCAACAGGAAGUGGCAAGACCCUUGCCUAUGUAUUACCAAUUGUACAAAUCCUAAUGAAAAGGGUGGUUUGUCACUUGCGGGCAUUGAUCAUCCUCCCUACAAAAGAUCUGGCAAAUCAAGUUAAACAAGUUUUUGAAAUGUUCACAGAGGGUACAAAUUUGAGGGUAGGCCUAGCUUCAGGAUCAAGUUCAUUCUCAAAAAAUCAGGAACAGCUUGUUAACCAAGGCUCUUGUGGCAGUAGCAGUUGCAUUGACAUUCUUGUGUGUACUCCUGGUAGAUUAGUUGAUCACAUUUCAUCAACCCCAAAUUUUACCCUUCAUCACGUAAGAUUCCUUGUGAUUGAUGAAGCUGAUCGGCUUUUGAGUCAAUCGUACCAUGGCUGGCUUGGCAAAGUAUUGAAAGCUGCCUACAACAAGCAAUCUUUCACAAGUGACUUUUUCAACAGUGACAGGCCAUUGUCCUGUAACCUGCAGACAAUCAGGCAACCUGCUAGAGCUCAAACAGCAGCAAGUUUUGCCACCAUUCAACUUCCUUUGCAGAAACUGUUGUUCUCGGCAACAAUGACACACAGUCCUGAAAAGCUUGCUCCUCUCCAGUUGUAUCAACCAACUUUGUUUACUGGGACAGGAAGUGUCAAUCAAAUGAAAACAACUGAUUUUGGUGGACCCACUUCAGAUGUAGCAACAUCUGGUCGGUUCAGUGUGCCAGAAGGACUAUCAGAAUAUAUGACAGUUUGCAACAGUGGAGAGAAGCCGCUGAUGGUGUUGUACUUCUUAACGCAACUGAAGUUUGAGCGAGUUCUGUGUUUUGCAUCCACACUGGAGGCUACUCACAGGUUAUAUCUACUUGUGAAAUUGUAUGGUGGUGUCCAAGUGGCAGAGUAUUCUUCAAGCUUGUCACCUCCACAGAGGAAGGGAAUCUUACGAGACUUUAGGCUGGGAAAGCUACAGCUAUUGAUCUGUUCAGAUGCCAUGGCGAGGGGUAUGGACAUUCAGGAUGUGUGUUACGUCAUCAGUUAUGAUGUACCAAAUUACGUCAGAACAUACAUACACCGUGUGGGAAGGACAGCAAGGGCGGGAAACAAAGGAACUGCCAUCACACUUUUACACAGCGAAGAAGUACAUCAUUUUAAAGAAGUAAUUCAGAAAACAGGUCGUGAAAAGAUUGCCAAGUAUAACAUCAAAGAAGACAAACUGCAGCCCAUGGCUGAGAAGUAUCAGGACAUUUUAGAACGCUUACAAGAAGCAGUUCAGAUGGAAAAUCAGAAGAAAAGGCAACAAAAGGGGAAACAGGACAUAGUAAAAUUAUUGCAGGAACAGUUUUUAACUAAUGUGGAAAAAAGAAACCCGGAGAAAAGCUAGUUGUUCGAGAUGAUUUUGAAAUAAAGGAGAAAACUUGUUUGAAAUUUCAUAAA